AUGGACCUCAACCACCCUUUGCUCCAGGCCGACGUUGAGCCGAAGCCCUUUCCUGAAUCCCAGCCGCAGCUCCGCCGCCUCGACAAGGCUCUCCUCUGCCCCAUCUGCAAGGAGCUCUUCGACCACCCCGUCAGCAUCGGGUGCGGACAUUCCUUCUGCUCCAAGUGUAUCCGGGGGUUCUUUGCUUCAACAACGAAGAAGACCGCCUGUCCGACAUGUAGUGAUCCGCAGACCGAGGGAUCGAUCCGACGGAACCGUGUGCUGGAGGAGAUACCAAAACUUGUCGAUCUCGUUCAACCUCCGCCAGCACGGAAGCGACGAAACAGCCUCCCGCGACGGUCACCGACGAAGAAGUCGCGAGGAGAGGGCAGCUCUCGCUCGUCACCACAACAGAGCCGAGGCGCAUCAGACGACGAUGACGACGACGAUGUUGUCGAGCUGGCUGAGUCUGGGCUUGCUUAUGGAGAUCGACCAGCGCUGGAAGCCCGCUUCCAGCAGUGGACGGUGAUGUACAACGCCAACAUGGAUUCGUCGCAUCCGGCAUCCCUGUCGAAGCUGCGUGCCGACCUGGAGCGGGCCGAGGCAUCGCGGAGGAAGGACAAGGAGCGGGGUAAGGAUGAGGAGGUCGAGGCUCUGCAGACAUCAGACGGGCUGAAGAAGUACGCUGCUGAGCACAAGAGUGAUUUUGAGCGACUUCGUCAGGACAUUCUUGAGCGCAAGCGGCGGAAGUCUCAGGGCGGACUGAAGGACAGUCCGAUCGAGGUCGAGUGA